AAGUCGUGUUGUAUCCGAAUUUUCGUGAUUACUACCAACUAGAAACAUAACACUUGGUCCAUCACAUCUAGAACCACGCAAGAGUAUUUGUUUGGCUGCACGAGGCCGAAUCGGAAAAUAUGCGAAAAUUUUGCGACUAAAAAGCACGCUUCGUCAUAUUUUUAUUAUUUUUCACGUUACCCGCUGUAAACAAGAUCAAAGAGCAUUCAAUUCAACGUGAAAAUUCAGUUUACAUGUAUUUAUUUUAGUUUCGCUUGACAUUUAGUGUUCACAGUGUACAUUCAUUAACUUUCUUAACAGAAAGUUAUGUAGAAGAUUUGUCUGAAUGAGUUGAAUCGAUCACCUGCAAUAUACACAUUUUUUCGCUUUGUAUAAGUAUUUGAAAAAAUAUUUUUAUUGUACCGGUGUACCCCCUCCAGCAAUCAUGAAAAACGGAACGUAUUUAUAUUUCACAGAAACCAGUACAAGCACAAUAUGAAUAACAAAAAGUUGCUUAUAGUAUUUUAUAACCCAGUACAGAAAUGGUAACGUACAAGAAAAAUGCAUACUUUCAAAUGAAGAGUUACACAGAAAAACUUGAUGUUCUAAGUAUGUAUUAAAUUGAAUAAAAUAUACCUUUGAUUCUAAGAGGUUAUUAACGUUUUGCUUAGCUCCUCACCUGAUUAUAUUAGAAUUUAUGAAGCAAACUUAACAAUGAAGCAAAAGGUUUUUAUGUCUAAUGGUAGCAUACAGAAUUGAAUGUAUAUUUCAAAACCAUCUAACCACAAAUUCAUUAUGUAGCUUUAUGUACAUUAACGAAAUAGAAAAUUAUCCUUAGACUAGACCACGAUGAACAGUUUUUAUCCAAUCUGAUUUAGAAAUGUAUAUUUUCCCUUCUAGUGACGUCGUUCGAUAUUGUCUUCAAAACAGCACUAUUUAAAACAUUUCAUGGCUAUUUCAUUGAGCAACAUCGAGAUUUUCCGAUUCGGCCUCGUGCAGCCAAACAAAUACUCUUGCGUGGUUCUAGAUGUGAUGGACCAAGUGUUAUGUUUCUAGUUGGUAGUAAUCACGAAAAUUCGGAUACAACACGACUUUUCUCCAAACAAUUUCAAGCUUUUGAAUGUGACUUUAUGUUUGAAGUCGGUAAAAUAUCAAUUGAACAUUUACAUUUAAUUGAAAACUGUAAACAUCAUACAUAUGUUCGUAUACCUUAUCCAAAUAAUGUUACAAUGGAGAAUUUUAAUCAUAUAGUCGUAGCUAAACAUUGUCCAAUUAUAGAAUAUGAUGGACACAGUAAAGUGACGUCUGUUGAACUGAUCAUCCAGAGUUAUAUAACUGGUUGA